ACGGAUUAUGGUUAGUUUGGUGUAAUGCCUGCCCUGUCUUUGAUUUUCCUGCUGUCCUGCUGAUUUCAGCUGUGCUCAUGAUGUGUUGCUAUGUUUGUUGUGUAGCGGGUAGUCUAAAUCGAGCCGCUGUUCGAGCCGGGCUGCUAACAACAAAUAUUCGUCAUUUUUAAAUCAUUCUCGUCUAAAUAUAUUUUACUACUUCGAUAAAAUGGCUUGGCUACCACUGGAAUCCAAUCCUGAUGUAAGUAUAAGCAGAACCUACGUACUUUCUUCAAUAAUAACUAUUUUAUUUGUUUCUUUAGGUUAUGAAUAAGUUCUUGCAAAUGCUGGGCGUGUCGUCGGAAUGGAAAGUCGUGGAUGUCUUCGGCCUGGAUGAUGAGUGCCUUGCUUGGGUGCCUAAGCCUGUAUUGUCAGUUAUUUUGCUCUUUCCCUGCAGUGAGAAAUAUCAUGAAUUUGCAACUCAAGAACAGAAGGAAAUUGAAGAAAGAGGCCAAACUGUGUCUGACAGCAUCUAUUACAUAAAGCAGUUGGUGUCAAAUGCCUGUGGAACAAUUGCUCUGCUUCAUUGUGUUGCUAACAACUCAGACAAACUACAGGUGACCAAUGAGAACUUCAAAAAACUACUGGAAGAAUCCAUGACGUUAUCUCCUUUGGAGCGCGGACAAAAACUGCAGGCAGUUGCUGCUGGCAUUCAGGAUAUGCACCAAGAAUUGGCGCAGGAGGGACAGACUGAAUUGAAUCCCAAUGAGCAAGUCAAUCAUCAUUUCAUUGCAUUUGUUCACAAAGAUGGCGAUUUAUAUGAACUGGACGGCAGGAAAGAAUUCCCGAUUAAUCAUGGUAAAACUACUCCGGAGACUUUAUUAGAGGACGCAGCAAGAGUAUGCAAACAGUUUGUGGCCCGAGACUCCGAGGACGUCAAUUUCACCGUCAUGGCGCUGACCGCCGCCGAGAACUGAUUUCUUCAUUCAUUAUCCUCGCGAGAAGCACUGCAGCUUUUAAAGUUUUGCCAUUUAUUUUUUAUAUACCUUUAAUUUAGCUUAAAAACAACCACAGGGAGUGCAUUUUUACGGUGUGCGCAUUUACGAUGUGUCGCAUAGCAACGCAACGCCUCGCAAUAUCCAAUGUUCGGGUGGCUUCACCGUGCACAGCCAUAAUGGUGUGAUGAAAUUCAGAUCUGUUCGAUUCGCCUUCUUAUAUACCGGGCACUAAAAAUCAUAAUCAUUUGAAUUAAAUUGUGUAUCAGCAAUGAAUGAAUAAUAAAACAAUAUUGAUAUUAUGCAUAUUCA